AAAAGUCAGAAGUAGUCAUUUUAAUAUUCUUGAAUAAAUCUGCGAGUCACUAAAAUGCCAAAGUCUGCACAUUUAAGCAGAAUAAGUCCAAGCUAUUAGAAGAAUACUGAUAAAGACAUCUUAGCGAUAUUGUAACCAAUUCAAAAACAAUGGAAGCAAAAGAUCGACAAAAGUCUCCGAACGACGAUUCAACCAAAAAACUCACCAUUUCAGUCGCAGUUGGACUACUGGCGUUGCUUGCUGUUGUAGUAUUGGGUGUUGCAGUUAUCGGUGGUGCGCCAACCGAGUGUGAAAAAUUUCUUGCACAAUAUUCAGCAGGAAAAAAGAUUACAGUUCUUUUAGAUCCGGUGACAAGACGAGAAUGUUUAGAAACUAUGUGCGAUUUUGACUACGGACAAUGCGCAUCACCCUGCCCAUUCGGAUUUGCACAAGACGAAGAAACUGAGUGUCCAAAUAGUUGUGAUUGUGCUGAAUCCGGAUCGUUUCAAGGAGAUAUUCAAUUCAACGAGGAUGAAAUUCCAAAAAUGAUGAAGGAUUUUGGUCAUAGCGAAGAAGACGAAGAUUUCGAACUAUUUUACGCGUGGGGAGACAACAAAUGGGAUAAUAUUGAAGUCGACGGAAGAUAUAAAAUACCUUACAUUCUUGACGAAGUUAUUACUGAAGAUUUUUACAAAGAAUUUGACAUGUCAAUGCGAAAUUUAUCGCAACGAACUUGCUUGGAUUUUAUACCAAGAACAGAAAACGAACCAGAUUAUCUCAAAAUUAUGAGCCGAGGGCAAGGCUGUUCGGCACAUAUUGGCAGAGCUGGUGGAAGGCAGUUGGUUAAUCUGCCAGAAGGAUGUUUUUUUGAAGCAACAAUCCAGCAUGAGCUGAUGCAUACACUCGGAUUCUAUCACGAGCAAUCAAGAAAGGAUCGAGAUGCAUAUGUCGAUAUUCAUUGGGAUAACCUCGAUAAAUACACAUCUCACAAUUUUGAUAAAGAGGAAUCGGAACAACUGAUAGAUCUAGGAUCAGAGUACGAAAUAACAUCUGGGAUGCAUUACAUGAGCUUCUGUUGGGCUGUGGAUAAGAGUAAGCCAACAAUAACAGGCAAAGGGAAUGUAAUAAUUAAGAAAAAACAUGAAGAAAAUUUUUUAACGGCUGAAGAUUUACAUGAAAUUCGAUUGCUUUACAAAUGUAAGGACAGUGGGCCGAAUAAAAAAACAGGUGAAUGGAACGAGUGGAAUAAUUGGAGUGAAUGCACCCAAACAUGUGGCGAUGGGAAAAGGCAGCGAUAUCGACAUUGUAUACACCAAGCAACUGGAGAAAAACUUGUUGAUGGGUGCCCUGGAUUGCCAUCAGAUUACGAAGAAUGCAAUACUGCUGAAUGUCCGCCACCUGAUGGGGAAUGGAAAGAAUGGGGCAGCUGGGCAUCUUGCUCAGCAACAUGUGGGCCAGGACGAAUGAUGCAAUCCAGAGAAUGUAGUAAAGUAUUGGCUUGCGUAGGAGAAUAUUUUAACUACAAACCAUGCUAUGAGGUUUUCUGUGACACUGGAGAAAAAGUCAUGACUGAGACGUUUGGAACAUGGACUCAGUGGACCAAUUGGAUGGUCUGCGAUAAACAUUGUGGAAAAGGAAAGCAGACUUCUACUAGAACUUGUGCUAGAAAUGAAGAAUAUCUCCCAAUCAAACGCUGUGCCAUUCCAGAUGAUGUACCAAAUUUGAGCGAACAUGGCAACGUAAGAGUUAGAGAAUGUGAGCUUAGAGCUUGUGCAGGACAACCUGCUGGAUCUGGUUCGACAAAUUCAAAUAACGUUGUCACAACAGCAGCACCUGGAGGAGCAGUCGGUGGGUCAUCCAACCAGUGGGGCGAAUGGAGUCAAUGGUCAACUUGUGACGUCACGUGUGGAGAAGGACAAUGGACAAGGGAAAGAACAUGUCCCGUGAGUGGUAGCUGUGUUGGUGCAAGUCACAGCUUCCAGUCAUGCAGUAUGAAUCCGUGCGGAUCUAGUGAUUAUGGAUAUGGGGACACAUCCGGAAGUUCUGAAUCAAGCGAAACAAGUGCAACAGGAUGGGGCGACUGGGGUAGAUGGACACAAUGCGAUAAAACUUGCGGGUCAGGAACAAGGUUGAAAACGAGGAAAUGUAAAUCGUACUUCUGCGAGGGAUCAUAUAAAGAAACGGAAAGCUGUCAAGAAAGUCAGUGUUCUUCUGGAAGAGAUGGUAAAUUGUAUUUUUCUUUUUUAAAGUGUUACUUAUUCUACAAACCAUUCAACAAUAAUUUACUUCAUAGUUGCAGAUUUGUUUCAAAGCAAGAGUAUCAGCGUUAUAAAAAACGUAUGUCCUUACGGAAAAUUAUUUAUUGGGAAAUUCAAUAAAGAUAUGUUUCCUGAUUUACUUUGUCUUUACCCAGACGGAUUCGCACGAUUGUACUACACCGACCCAUUCAAAGCAGCGAUGGGAGCUACGGUCAAUUGGGAGGGAACAACUCUACAUUGCAGUUUUACUGAUGAUGAUGAAAACACACGUAUUUACGUACAAGAUUUCAAUAGAGACGGAUUAGAUGAUUUAGCCUGUCACAACCAAGUGACAAAACAAAUCGUGAUAACUUUGAACAAGAAUGGCGUCUUCCAACCAUGGAUUGAUUGGCAAGGAAAGAGAAAGCGUUGCAUCGGAGUAGUGGCAUAUCUUGAGAUGGACGGAGACGGGAAUAUCGAUUUAGUUUGCGGUGACGAAAACAACUCAUUCCAAUACGUUUAUUUAAGUAAACUUUGAAAUUUAGCUAUAUUCAUGCCAUUUUUUA